GUCACUUGGACUUCCCGUAAAACGAAAGAAUUCCGAUUUGGAAGACAGGAAAGCAGGAAUGACAAUGACUCCGAACAUGAUCCUAUUUGUUGCUGUCUUUGGAAUUUUUGUUGUGUUAGUAAAGUCACAAAGCUACGAUGUCCUUUGCUCUGAUAUCAGAGGUGAUAAGUGCGUGAAGGAUGAAAACUGCAAAUGCUCAGAAGCUACCUUCAUUUGUAACAGAUUCUCAAGAUGCGAUCGGCCUACGCUAGAGGAUAUCCGGUACAGACAGCCGUGUCGUGGCAUCUUCAAAAGUUCUUGCGUAGACGACUCAGACUGUAACUGCAAAGGAGAUCGAUUAGUUUGCGAAGACAACGAAUGUGUAAGAUCAAAAACGAUAACGGCAUUUUGAACUUGGAGAAAAACGUCUUGAACGAUGAUGGGUCAAGUGAAGAAUGACAGAAUCGUGUGUUCCAUUAAUUGUACUACUGUUAAAUACUGUCAACAGGAAAAAUAACUGUUGAUGAGUAUAUAAAUGAUAUUGUAAGGCAAUAAAAACAGAAUGCUGUCAAAGAA